GCAGCCACCAGAGCGGGACUGUCAGGUCUACGCCCGGCGCGGGACGUAGCUCGUCGGAGAAGCCCCGGACAUUUUGGCAAUUAGAACAUGGCAACCAUAGAAGAAAUUGCACAUCAAAUUAUUGAACAACAGAUGGGAGAGAUUGUUACCGAGCAGCAAACUGGCCAGAAAAUCCAGAUCGUGACGGCACUUGAUCAUAAUACACAAGGCAAGCAGUUCAUUCUGACAAAUCACGAUGGCUCUACCCCAAGCAAAGUCAUUCUGGCCAGGCAAGAUUCCACUCCAGGGAAAGUUUUCCUCACUACUCCAGAUGCAGCAGGUGUUAAUCAGUUAUUUUUUACAACUCCUGAUCUGUCUGCACAACAUCUCCAGCUCUUAACAGAUAAUUCUUCCCCAGACCAAGGACCAAAUAAGGUUUUUGAUCUUUGCGUAGUAUGUGGAGACAAAGCAUCAGGGCGUCAUUAUGGAGCAGUAACCUGUGAAGGCUGCAAAGGAUUUUUUAAGAGAAGCAUCCGAAAAAAUUUAGUUUAUUCAUGUCGAGGAUCAAAGGACUGUAUUAUCAAUAAACACCAUCGAAACCGCUGUCAAUACUGCAGGUUACAGAGAUGUAUUGCGUUUGGAAUGAGACAAGACUCUGUUCAGUGUGAAAGAAAACCUAUUGAAGUAUCACGAGAGAAAUCUUCCAACUGUGCCGCUUCCACAGAAAAAAUCUACAUCCGAAAAGACCUUCGGAGUCCAUUAGCUGCAACUCCAACGUUUGUAACAGAUAGCGAAACUGCACGGUCAGCAGGACUGUUAGAUUCAGGAAUGUUUGUGAAUAUUCACCAGUCUGGAAUAAAAACUGAGUCAACUGUGCUGAUGACACCAGAUAAGGCUGAAUCAUGUCAGGGAGAUUUAAGUACAUUGGCCAGUGUGGUUACAUCAUUAGCAAAUCUUGGAAAAACUAAAGAUCUUUCUCAGAAUAGUAAUGAAAUGUCUGUGAUUGAAAGCUUAAGUAAUGGUGAUACCUCUUUGUGUGAAUUUCAUCAAGAAAUGCAGACGAAUGGUGAUGUUUCAAGGGCAUUUGACACUCUUGCAAAAGCAUUGAAUCCUGGAGAGAGCACAGCCUGUCAGAGCUCAGUAGAGGGCAUGGAAGGAAGCGUACACCUAAUUGCUGGAGACUCGAGCAUAAAUUACAUCGAAAAAGAGGGGCCUCUUCUCAGCGAUUCACAUGUAGCUUUCAGGCUCACCAUGCCUUCUCCUAUGCCUGAGUACCUGAAUGUGCACUACAUUGGGGAGUCUGCCUCCAGACUGCUGUUCUUAUCAAUGCACUGGGCACUUUCGAUUCCUUCCUUCCAGGCUCUAGGGCAAGAAAAUAGCAUAUCAUUGGUGAAAGCUUAUUGGAAUGAACUUUUUACUCUUGGUCUUGCCCAGUGUUGGCAAGUGAUGAAUGUGGCAACUAUAUUAGCAACAUUUGUCAAUUGUCUUCACAGUAGCCUUCAACAGGAUAAAAUGUCAACAGAAAGAAGAAAAUUAUUGAUGGAGCACAUCUUUAAACUACAGGAGUUCUGUAACAGCAUGGUUAAACUCUGCAUUGAUGGAUAUGAAUAUGCCUACCUGAAGGCAAUAGUACUCUUCAGUCCAGAUCAUCCAGGCCUAGAAAACAUGGAACAAAUUGAGAAAUUUCAGGAAAAGGCAUAUGUGGAAUUCCAAGAUUAUAUAACCAAAACAUAUCCAGAUGACACCUACAGGUUGUCCAGACUGCUACUCAGAUUGCCUGCUUUGAGAUUGAUGAAUGCUACCAUCACUGAAGAAUUGUUUUUCAAAGGUCUCAUUGGCAAUGUACGAAUUGAUAGUGUCAUCCCACAUAUUUUAAAAAUGGAGCCUGCAGAUUAUAACUCACAAAUAAUCGGUCACAGCAUCUGAAGGCUGAGAUGUCAGUAUAAACUUAUUGUUGUUUCCCAGAACACAAGAAGACACCAAAUUGAACUCAUUGCUUCCAGGGUAUCAGGAAAUUUAGACUUUAAAGAGUAACCAAAAACCCAGGGUGUUUUUAUUUUAACUUCUUAAGAAUUUUUGAAGUGACUGGGCAGGUGGCAGGAAUUAGAAUUUCCCUUCCUGUCUUAAGUGACUAAGAAAUACUAUGAAUUUAUUCUUGGUUAAGAUGACACCCUAAGCUAUCACUUCUUGGCAUCUAAACUAAGAUCACGUAUUAUAUUUUAUCUUAUAAAACAAAUAAAUUAGUCUUUUUUUUUUCCAGAAUUGUGUUCUAUUCAUGUUUUCAUUAUGAACUAGUAUAAACAUUUAAUCUUCAGAAAUCCCUAAGGAGGAUUUCCUUGCAGUUUACUCUUCCAUAAUAUAAUCUGUUUGUUUUAAUUACCAUGUAAAAGAUUAUUUUAUGCUUAAUGGUAUGAUGAUAACAUUAGAACCAUAGGAAAUAUUAAUUAAAUAUAUAUAUAUUUUUUGUCUUUUGUAAAUAUUACGGCACCCUAGCAUAUACCAGUCUCAUUGCUGGCAAUGAGACAUAAGCCUACAUGAUCUCAAGACUUUUUUUAGUGUUGUAUAUUAUUAGUUAUAAGCACUUUUUAUUUAUGUAUGUAGCAGAAAAUUGUUUUUGAGAAUGAGAUAGGGUUCAUGUUUUAAUAUUUUUGGUUUACUGCUGUGUUUUAAAAGUAGUAGAGACUGAGCCCAAAAUGUUUCAGUAUUUUAAAAUAGACAUUAAAAUUGUUGCUCUUCCAUUCCACAAAAAGCAUUGGACUUCUCUCCCUCUUUUCGGACCUGAAUUAGAACAUCCUGACCUUCAGUGAGUUUUAGCCCUUUUCUUUUAGGUCAUUAGAAAUACCCAGUUUGUUAAAUAAUGGAUUUAUCAUAGCCAAUCUGUGUUUUCAAGGUGAGUUAAACAAUUAUUUUAAAGCAGAUUGAUAAUUUUUAAAAAUUUAAGUUUUUUUAAUAUGUAAAGGAAUAUGCACUGAUAUUUCACUCUAAAGGGGGGAAAGCUGUUUUAACAGUAGUAUGAGCAUCAGCCUGAAGCCUUGUUGCCACAGCAAAACCAUUUUAGACUCCUUGGAUGCCUUCCACAGUAAUGUUUUCCUUAGCAAAACUGAGACUGUUAAAUCUUUCUUUGCUCUGAUUGUCAUGAUGAAUUAUUUUGGUAUGUCUGUGUGUUGAUUUAAAAAAAAAAACAAAUAUGGAGAUUUUAUUGCACUCAGAGUACAUUUUUUAUAAAGAUUUUUGCAAUAGAAAAACUGAAUUUAGGGGAGGGUGUGGAUUUUACAAAUUGCUACUUUAUAGUAAAUCAGAAGUUUAAAAGUAUCAACUUACAGUCUUUACCAACUUAUUAAGGGAAACUUUUUUCCCUAUUUAAAAUGUGAUUUUUAUCAACAGGUUUAUUUAUAAUUAUCAACUAGGAAAAACUACAUUUAGUACAAAAUAAUUCAUAUGGAAAAAUCAGUAGGUUUAUAUCUUUAUAAACCCAAUGAAGUAAGCCAAGGAUUCAGGAAAAUAAUUCUUUAAAAUAAUGUACUAAUGGUUAAUUAAGAUACAUGUUCCUUUCAGGUAUUUGUCCUGAUUAAAUUUGUAGUUAUAUUUGGAAGUGUUUUUAAAACUAUAUUAAAAUGUGAACUACAUUAAAAAUGUC